CCGAACGCCAGUUCCACAUCAUAUUAAAGCUCGAUCCUGAGCCGAACGAGGACUUUAAACUAUGUAGGCACAGUGGACAGGGUUUAAAUGGGCAAUCUGAUGGGCAGCUGGAGAUACAAGGAGCCGAGCACAGUGGAAGAAUGCGACUCGACGUGGGAAACGGACUCGGAGAGCGACGAGCAUCAGCCGGGAGGAGAGGAGGAGGACAGCGGCAUCUCCGAAUCCAUGAGCCCGGCGGAUGCAGUCAGAGGAGCCGAGCAGCUGGAUCACGGAUCACCGCAGUUUGGUGACAUGAUGGAGUCCUCUACUAGGAUGAAAAGGAGCUUUUAUGCCGCAAAGGACUUGUACAAGUAUCGGCACAGUUAUCCGAACUACAAGGAGCUUCGUCAGCCGAACGAAUACCGCAAUCUGAGGUUUUAUCUGAAUAAGAUCCCCCUGGUGCCGGAUGGUAUUUAUAUUGAAGAAAUCCUCACUAAAUGGAGGGGCGACUAUGAAAAAUUAGAGCACAAUCACACAUACAUUCAGUGGCUCUUCCCACUCAGAGAACAAGGCCUAAAUUUUUAUGCUCAAGAACUCACUCAGGAUGAGAUAAAGGUAUGCUUGAAAUGUUUUUUAGCCAAGAGACGCUUCCUCCUAGCAUAUACGAUCAUGUUGGAUUUCUUUGGAAUCAAGCUCCUGGAUAAAAACGGGAAUGUGGCUCGGGCUCUAAACUGGCAAGAUCGCUUCCAGCACCUGAAUGAGUCGCAGCACAAUUACCUGCGUAUUACUCGCAUUCUGAAGAGUCUUGGUGAACUGGGCUUUGAAAGCUUCAAGCUGCCUCUGGUGCAUCUGCUGUUGGAGGAGGCGCUGGUGGAGGGCACUUUACCCAACAUGCGUCACAGCGCACUGGAAUACUUCGUCUACACACUGCGCCAACACGCUCAGAGACGCGCCCUGCUCCGCUUCGCCCAGCGCCACUACCAGCCGCCCGAGAACUUCAUCUGGGGGCCACCCAAGAAGAAGCGCAUUCCAGCCUCUGGAUCCACAGUGAUGAAGGCAGGAAAAAAUGAGGUGGUGGAGAGGAGUGUGGGCAAAGCCAGGUCACCUAGGGAGGGCAGAAAUAACUUAGAGAGAGAGGCGGACGACAUGGACGAGAGGAAGAGUGGAGAGUGGAAAACAGCAAAGGGGUCCAUGGUCCUGCAGGAGGUUAGGGGAAGGGUAGAUCUAGAAGAAUACAUUGAGACCAUUCCUCUGUAAGAAUAUAAAGAGAGGGAUUCUGGGAAUUCUCGAGUAGCUUAAUCUGAGCUUAAAGUUAAGUAAAAGAA